AUGCCCAAUUACUUCAGUAAUCAGUAUCCGCCACAAGAGGCACAACCGAUGUAUACUCCGGGACACUCGCAGCCCUACGCGCCUGGUGCGCCCCCGCCUCCUGAAGCGGGAGGAUAUGGUGCGGAUGUGAAGUCGCCGUAUGAAGGCGAGAGGUUCAAGCCGAAAAAGAGGGUUAAGGACCCGGUGUUCCUUGUGCUUUUCAUUACGCAGCUCGUGGGAUAUUGUAUAAUAUCGGGUAUUGUGUUAAGUGCUUGGACUGAUCAAGGUGGACUGGGAGGUGGGCUCGGUGGAGGCUCGAAUGGCACGAAUACUGGAUCGUCUGUUACGCUUAACAGGCAUACCGUUUACCUCCUCUUACUCGUUACGGCUGCGGCGUUACUACUUGCGGUGACUCAACUCAUGAUUACGCGUUUCUUCACUCGUGCAAUUAUGCACGUUACACUUAUAUUGUCAAUUUGUUUGAAUAUUGGAGUUUGUGUGUAUUAUUGGAUUACGAAGUAUUACUCGGGUGCUAUCAUCUUCACCAUAAUCGCGCUGUUCUCGAUCCUAUCGUAUUUCGGCUUCCGCUCGCGCAUUCCGCUUGCGUCGCUGCUCUUGCAGGUUGUUAUGGAUAUCUCGAAGCAUCAUCUGAGUGUGUACGCUGUUGCGUUCACUUCGUUGAUUAUUCAGGCGGCGUUGAGCGUGUGGUUCGCAUUUGUGACAAUUGCGACGUACGCGAAAUGGACGCCUGGAAAUCCCUGUACCUCAGGGACAUCCUGUUCAUCCGCAAAAGUUGGUGGUCUCCUUGCGUAUGAGAUUUUCUCCUACCUUUGGACCUCGCAAGUCGUUGGGAACGUAGCUCUUGCAACUUUGGCCGGUGGUCCGUUCGGAGCAUGGUAUUACUUUGGGCCAAGGGAAGCUGGACAAAUGCCUAACCAUCCUACACUCUCGUCCUUCCUUCGUGCCUCUACAUUCUCUCUUGGAUCAAUCGCAUUUGGAUCUCUCAUCGUCACGCUGCUCGAGAUCCUUCGCAUUGUUCUCGAUGCGGCCAGACAAAACGCCAAUGCAGAUGGCCAUCCAAUCGAGGCUAUCUUGGCGUGCUGCGCGGCGUGCUUCAUCGGGUGCAUUGAGAGUAUGGUGGAGUACUUCAAUAGAUACGCAUACAUUGAGAUUGCCCUUUAUGGCAAGCCAUAUAUCAGGGCAGCGAGAGAUACUUGGAAUCUCUUCAAGGAUCGAGGUAUCGAUGCGCUUGUAAAUGACUCUCUUGUCGGAAUGACGCUAACAUGGGGAGCGUACGUUGUCGGCAUGUGUGCUUCACUCUUCGCAUAUUUAUACUUGCGGUUUACACACCCGAGUUACAAUACGGACGGCCAAUAUACUGCACCAGUGCUACUCUUCGCGUUCCUCAUUGGCCUGCAAUGCUCUUUGACGUUGAGCUCUGCAAUCGAAGCGGGUGUAUCGACUAUUUUCGUCGGACUUGGUGAAAAUCCAGAGGUUUUGGCAUACAGGGCUCCUGAACUCUUCGAGUUAAUCCGUCAGAAGUAUCCGAGAGUCGUGCAAGGAGUGAAUGCAUACUAA